UUUGGUUGCAAGAAACGGGAUGAUCCAACCGCUUUGGAAAGAUAUCACCAUCAAUCUGGGCAACACACGGAAGUUUUUGAUUUUGCCUGCAGGCACUUUGGGGGUCGUCCAAUGUUGUCUAGCGAAACAGAGCAAAUCCACGUUCAUUGUAUAUAGACGUGAGGAAGCCAUACGCCGCUAGUGGAUAGGAUUCCCAGCAUUGUGAUAGAGUUCCCGCGUUUUGGAACGACAUUUGUGACCUUUCGGACCACUAUGAAGCUGGUGGUCAGUUUUGUACUGUUACUGGGAGCAGCGGUCGCCGCUACUGGCCCCGAUCUGAGCUUUGGCGAUGCGGACUUUUCGCUACAGUACUUCAAGCAGUCGUACAACGCUUCCGGCAACUUGGUCGUAUCGCCGGUAGCCGUCCGGCUUGCAUUCUCCGCCCUGUAUCAGGUGACGGACGAUAGCACACGGGAAGCCGUACAGCGUGCCUUCUAUCUGCCACCGGACACGGCCAACGCCCGUGCGAAUGCUGAGCAAUUGGUGAACGAUCUGGAGCAGAGUCCGUUUCUGAACGUAUCGUUCGCUUUACUGCAAACGGAGGGUCAGCUUUCCCAGGAGCUGGAGGAGGCGACACGAACGAUCUUCCACGUGCAGCCCCGCACGGUACGGUUUACCGAUCGCCGAGCGGUCGUGGAGGACGUUAACGAGUGGGCAGCUCGAGUCACCGACGGACGCAUCCGUAACUAUCUGGCCGAAUCGGACGUUGACGUUAAUGCGGAGCUGAUGCUGCUGAACGCGAUGCAGAUGCGCGCCAACUGGGCCCAAAAGUUCGACAUGGACCGUACCGUCCGGGAAACGUUUCGCUUUCGCAACGGCCCGGCCGUGGUGGAUAUGAUGAGUGUCUCGCUGGAGGUGUUGCACUAUGCGCAGCCCAAGUUCCAUGCGGUGCAGUUACCGUACAGUGAGGAGAGCGAUCUUACCAUGUGGAUCCUUUCGCCACACCGGGACGGAACUUUUGAGGAGCUGUUUGAACGGCUCGCAGCCGAUCUGCUGGACGAGCUGGAGUCCUCGGCUAUGCCCAAGAUGGUGGAUCUGUGGCUGCCAAAGUUCACCAUUACGGAGAGUCAUGACGCACGGGAUGUGUUGUCGCGCAUGGGCCACGAGACGCUGUUCGAUCGGGAAGGAUUCUCGGUGUUCCAAAGCCACAAAUCGAUGCUGGGCGCACUGAAGCAGAGCACUUUCAUUCAGGUUGACGAAAGCGGGACCGAAGCGGCAGCCGUCACGUCCGUCGGUACCAAAUUCCGCAUCCGAAAUACACAGUUCCGGGUGGAUCAACCGUUCAUUUUUAUCAUUAAAAAGCUGUCCAUAGACACAAUCCUGUUCGUGGGACAUUAUUCGAACAACAAGGAAGUGUUAUAGAGUUAUAGAAGUAAAAUGUAAUCAUAUACUUAGCGGUUCAAUAAAGGAAUAUAACGAUCUACUUCAGUUUGUACACUCGAUCGUACAAGUUCU